AUGGUGACGAUAUCCUCGCCGCCAGCCCUGACCGUCCUGGCUGCCCCGGCCGACCACAGCUCAUCAGUAACACUGCUCUGCGAAUUCCUACUGCCCUUACCACCAAGCUGCAUCGAGUACGUCCCCGACUGUGAAGGGCUUUUUGUGGUAGGGACAUAUCAACUGGAGCCUGAGGAGUCUGUCGAGUCAGCUCUAGCAGUUUCCGAGGAACCACAUGAGCAGUUGCGUAACGGUAGCCUGGGUCUCUUUGAACUGCAGAAAUCCGGACAACUGAUUCAACAUGAUUUUUUCCCUUGUAAAUCUGCCAUUUACGACCUGCAUUUUCUCCAUGAGGCCAAACAGACUUUUGCCGCUGUGUCGAGUACCGGUAGCAUCUCAUUUUACCGAGUGGAGAAAUCGGAAAGCAAAGGAACUACAGCUUUUCAAAUUGUGUCUCUCUUCGAUGCCCAGCUCUUUUCAGACCAGACUAUCGUCACUUUUUUCACUUUUUUGCCUCCCGCAGGGGUGGAGAAGUUCGGCCCCCUUAUUGCAGCAACCACUAACGACGGCGGCGUCUACCUCAUACGCUACAACUUGGAGGCCAAAUUUGUCGAGCUAAUCAACGAGGGGGAACCUGUCCAUAGACACUUGUUGAUGGGUGGGCCCGAUAACGCUUGGUGCUGUGCAUUUUAUACAGACAAUAUCACAUCCAGUGUAUAUUCUGGAGGCGACAAUUCCGAACUGGUCCGGACCAAGUUCGACCUGGAGGCGACUGAUAGAAAUACUUUCAGUUCUGAAAAGUCUACCCAUAAGUUUUGCACUGCGGGAGUCACCGCGAUUCUCCCGCUGCCCAGUAGCGUAAGCGAUGACUCCUCGCUUCUCCUUACUGGGAGUUACGACGAUCGUGUACGGCUCUACUCGAUUGGCCAUAAAAAGGAGCUAACUAAUCUUUACUUGGGGGGAGGAGUUUAUCGAUUGAAGAUUAUCCGCCGAUGGGGCUCCUCAUUUCUGAUUUUGGCCUGCUGCAUGCAUGCGGGCACGAAAUUAUUGGAGGUGUCGGAAGAGCGUGAUAACUUUCAAAUAAGGAUUGUCGGAUAUCUGAAUGUGCCCGAAGACAGCGGGGACAAUUACUGCUACGCAGCCUCUAUCGUAUCCGGCGUGUUUGUUAGUCCUCUUAGCAAUGACGACGACGGCGAGAUGAGGGUCGAUCAGGUUUUUGUCAGCGGGACUUUCGUGGAUAAGAAACUCACAACUUGGCGAUACAAGACAGAGCGAAGUUAA